AUGGAGGAACCACAGAAUCUCCGAUCCCUUUUUGCCUCUGCAAAGGAGCAAAAAGAUAAGUUAGGAUCGCGGGGCGACACCAACACCGAGACCUAUCGAGACGAGGUGAAUGCGGCAAUUGCCAAGUUCCAAGAAUGCCAGCGACAAGUGAGCAUUUUGUCCCUAUUCAGCUCCAAUGAAUUGCUGGAAGAUGUCUCCACCGGUGAUCUCCAGUAUAUGACACUGGAAUACCAUCUAGCCGAGCUCAUGCAGCGAGGUGCCACCUCAGACCGCGAAUCAGUCCUUCGACGCGCUCUGGAACAAUAUGAGAAAUAUUUAUUGCGCUUGGAUGAAUAUUUGUUGCUGCCCGCAGGAGAUAAGAAGCUCUUUGAGCAAUAUAUGGCAAAUCCGACCUCGUUUACUCUUGCGCCGUCCAAUGAUGCUGCUGCUCGACGAGAGAUCAAGGUCACGCGAUUUAGAGAAGAAAAAGAGCUCAAGCAAAAAUUGGAGUACUUCGCUCGCAACGAAGCUCGACUGCAAAGUGAUGACGACGACACCCGAUCACUUUACCUAGCAGAGAUCCAGCUUUACACUCAUCAGACCUUCCAAGCACUAGAUCUUCUGGUCCAGGAAUUGUCGAUACUUUCAGCCAUGCGCAACGCUCCACCUCGGCCACCACCGACCGACGACCCUAGACAGCGAAGUAAUAUUGGAGGAUUAAAUUAUUCUGACCGCUUGGACCCUUCAAUGUCGCAGCUUUUGAGAGGGGGAAGAGGCGGCCCGAUCUUAAACAAACAAGGAAAGCCUAUGCAGCCCUUUACGUUGUUGGGCCGGCGCGCAGAAAUGCAACAAGGUGUCUUCCGUUCUGGUCAUAACCUUCCCACGAUGACAAUCGAGGAAUAUCUCGAUGAGGAGCACAGGAGAGGCAAUGUCAUUACGGGAGGAGGAGAAAAGUCCGGCAUUAAACCCGAAGUUGAUGAGGAUGAUCACAACAUUGCUGAUGCAGAAACGAUGAAGGCCAGAGCUUGGGACGAGUACACGGAAGCCAACCAAAAGGGAGCUGGAAAUACGCUCAACCGUGGCUGA